UUUCUUUGGAUCUUUGGACCUCGACAAAGCAUAUUAAUAUAAGCCCUCUGCUUCCACGUACAUCAGCGAGCGGCCUUUCUGGUGCUCAUACAUUACAAUGGCAGACAAGGAAGCGACUGUCUACGUGGUUGACGUGGGGAAAUCGAUGGGGGAGCAGAAAAAUGGGCGAUCGAUUUCGGAUCUUGAUUGGGCGAUGAAGUAUGUAUGGGAUAAGAUUACUACUACAGUAUCGACUGGCCGAAAAACGGCAACCAUUGGUGUAGUUGGUCUGAGAACAGACACAACUAAUAACGACUUGAGCGAAGAUGAUAGCUACGAAAACAUAUCUGUACUACAAGGCAUUGGACAGAUACUCAUGCCCGACUUACGAAGGCUUCGGGAAGAAAUCAGACCUAGCAAGACUGAUAAAGGAGACGCUAUCUCAUCUCUGGUCGUGGCCAUUCAGAUGAUCAACACAUACACUAAGAAGUUAAAAUACAAACGAAAAAUCAUCUUAGUCACGAACGGUGAAGGGGCAAUGAGCACAGAUGGAGUUGAUCAAAUCGUGAAUAAGCUCAAGUCCGACGAUAUAGAACUUGUUGUUCUGGGAGUUGAUUUUGAUGAUCCAGAAUACCCUUUCAAAGAGGAAGACAAAAACGAACUAAAGUCGGAAAACGAAGCUUUGUUACGAAGUUUGGUUGAGGACUGCGAGGGGGUCUAUGGAACAAUCGCACAAGCAAUUGCAGAGCUUGAUACACCGCGUGUCAAAGCUGUCCGUGGCAUUCCCUCAUUUCGAGGAGAGCUUAAGCUGGGUGACCCCACUCAAUAUGACACUGCUCUUCGGAUUCAGGUUGAACGAUACUAUCGAACAUAUGUGGCCAAACCACCCUCAGCCAGCUCAUUCGUGGUCAAACCUGGUGGGGAUGAAAGUGCCCAGUCAUCAGCAACAAUAGCCCUAGCAGACAGCAAGUCUAUAGACGAAAACUUGGUCAGUGUUCGCAAUGCUCGAACAUACCAUGUCAGUGACCCUUCAGUUGCUGGAGGAAAGCGAGAACUAGAGCGAGAUGAUCUAGCCAAAGGUUACGAGUAUGGAAGGACUGCAGUCCACAUCAGUGAGUCGGAUGAGAAUAUUACGAAGUUGGAGACCUUUGCGGCCUUGGAUUUGAUAGGAUUCAUUCAAAACGACCAAUACGAUCGUUACAUGAAUAUGUCCAACAGCAACGUCAUAAUCGCUCAAAAAACAAACGAAAAAGCAACUUUGGCUCUCUCAUCUUUCAUUCAUGCAUUGUUUGAGCUAGAUUGUUACGCUGUCGCUAGACUGGUCAUAAAAGACAACAAGAGUCCACUCAUAGUUCUCCUAGCACCAUCUAUCGAGCCUGAUUAUGAAUGUCUGCUCGAGGUCCAACUUCCUUUCGCCGAAGAUGUUCGAGCAUACAAGUUCCCACCAUUGGACCAGGUAGUCACAAUAUCUGGUAAGGAGAUCAAGGACCACCGAAAUCUUCCUAGCGAGGAUUUAAUGAACGCGAUGAGCAAAUAUGUCGACAGCAUGGAGCUCGUUGAGGAGGACGAAGAUGGAGAGGAAAUCGAUACUAUACCAUUGGAAGAUUCGUACUCGCCUCUACUACACCGGAUUGAACAAGCGAUACGGUGGCGAGCUAUUCAUCCCAACGAACCUCUACCACCACCAUCUGAAAAGCUAACGCGGUUAUCGAAGCCGCCUCAAGAAGUCCAGGAGCGUGCGAAGAAAUAUUUGGAUCGAAUUAUCAACGUCGCCGACGUAAAGAAAGUUCCUCCUAAAGCCAAAGGCCGCAAACGCAACCGCGACAUUGACAAGCCUCUUUCCGGCCUUGAUGUGGACGAGUUGCUGAAUCGCGAAAAGAGGGUUAAGAUCUCACCGAACAACGCGAUUCCCGAAUUCAAGCAAACACUUUCGAAUGCCGAGACUAUUGAAGCGAUCAAGGAUGCCGUUGGUCAGAUGGAGAAAAUCAUCGAGAACCAUAUCAGCAACAGUUUCGGAGAUGCGAAUUAUGACCGGGUUGUUGAAGAGCUUGGUGUGUUACGUGGAGAGCUUAUCGAUUAUGAGGAACCCUCACUAUACAAUGAACUCUUACAACGACUCAAGGAUCAUAUACUCAAAGAAGAAUUGGGCGGUGAUCGACAAGAACUUUGGUGGCUUAUUCGAAGGUCAAAAAUUGGCUUGAUAGAUAAAACAGUAUCUGACCAAGUGCAAGUCACUGAGCAAGAGGCCAAAGAGUUCUUAUCUCUCAAAUAAUUAGUGGCUGCCUAUGUCUCAGUCUAGAUAUCAUGAUGUAGUGACAAUAGAAUCAGUCAGUAUUAAUAAAUCGCUCAAAGUGCUGCCCAUGCUGAAAGAUUGAAGCUAUAUCCAUGAUGAGC